CAGUCCUUGACUGAUCGGCGGACAUGUAAGACCUAUGUCACAGCCAGAGGCGACAUUUACUCGCUUUUAAAAUCACACAAAAUAGUUUGUAUCUUUUCUGUCAGUCCACCCACUUCUUCCUCUCUUCUCCACUUCAUUAGACCCAAUACAGCCCACGAUCCAAAUCGCUGAUUCACCUGUCAUCCCGUAUGAACAGCCUCUUCCACAAGACCAACUUGUUCGGUUGAACCCAUCCGCAGUUACCAAUUGAUAAUCCAUUGAAACCAAAUCGCUAGUAGAAUUUUCAAAAUUUCAAGUCGACGCAUCAACUGAGCAAAUCAUCGAGAUAGACAAGUAAAAGUUUUCGACUAACCUCCAGCGUGGGCUAGAAAAUUUUCCUAAGUUAUUCCAAAGUGGCCAAAUUUUUUCGACGCUGAAAGAUUUUCGGACGUUGGACGUUUCUUGACGAACUUCCAAAGGAUAUUGAUAUCUGAUAUGGACGUGGACACGACUACUAGCAACAAGAACAACGACAAUACCGGAAAUAAUAACGCGGACUCUUGUAGCAGCAAUGCGCAGCGUCUUAUCGUUGAAAAUGGCGGCCGAUGUAUGAGUACUCAAGCAAUGCAAUCGCUUUACGACCUCCGUCAGAACAAUCAGCUCUGCGAUGCAAUUCUGCGUCUUGAAGAUGGCGGAGUAUUUCCAAUUCAUCGAGCGAUAUUAUCAGCCUGUAGCACCUACUUCAGGGCCCUGUUCACUACUACUUUGCACUCUCGCGAGAAAACUGAUAUCCUCCUACCCGGAGUCAACAGCAGCAUGAUGAACCUUUUACUGGAGUACGCGUACCUACGUUCACUGGAGGUGAACCGUGAAAACGUUUGUCAACUUUUGGUAACAGCAGACUAUCUCAGUAUACUUGGAGUCCUGGAUCUUUGUUGCGACUAUCUCAGGCAGAAUCUAGCGCCGGAAAAUUGCAUUGGAGUUAUGCGAUUCGCGCGAGAGCAUUUCUGUAAAUUACUUGAAACGGACGCGCAUCGUUACGUCAUGCGGCACUUUGUACAAGUCGCGCAAAGAAGCGAUGAGGUCCUCUAUCUGCCUAUCGAAGAGCUUAGAGGGUUGGUAGGUGCCGAUGAGCUGAACGUGAAGAGCGAAGAGGCCGUUUGGGAACUGGUGCUGAGGUGGAUAAAUCACGAGCCCGAGUCACGCAAGGGUUAUAUAGUCGAGCUGAUGAAGAACAUUCGUCUAGGAUUGUUAGACACGCAAUUCUUUCUUGAGAAUGUCAAAGAUCAUCCUUACGUAACCGGAAACGAAGCGUGCAGACCGAUUAUCAUAGAAACUUUAAAGUUUCUAUAUGAUCUGGAGAUGAUCACGCAAAAGGACGGGGAAGUUCCUACACCGGAAAUAGCAAGACCACGCGUACCUCAUGAGAUCCUGUUUGCGAUUGGUGGCUGGAGUGGCGGAAGUCCAACAAAUUUUAUCGAGACCUACGAUACCAGAGCUGAUCGUUGGGUAAAGGUCGAAGAAGUGGAUCCUACUGGUCCCAGAGCUUAUCACGGUACAGCAGUAGUAGGAUUUAAUAUAUACGUCAUCGGUGGAUUCGAUGGCAUGGAUUACUUCAACAGUUGCCGUUGCUUCAAUGCAGUGACGAAAGCGUGGCGCGAGGUGGCGCCAAUGAAUGCACGCAGGUGCUACGUAAGCGUGGCGGUGGUCAACGAUUUAGUUUACGCGAUGGGUGGCUACGACGGUUAUCAUCGACAAAACACAGCGGAACGUUACAAUUAUCGUAACAAUCAAUGGUCACUGAUAGCACCAAUGAACGUGCAGAGAUCUGACGCAAGUGCCACUAUGUUGAACGAUAAGAUUUACAUCACCGGUGGCUUCAAUGGUCAGGAGUGCAUGAAUUCAGCUGAGGUUUAUGAUCCAGAGACCAAUCAAUGGACUUUAAUAUCAGCUAUGCGAUCACGAAGAAGUGGCGUAUCGUGUAUAGCUUAUCAUGACUGCGUUUACGUCAUCGGUGGGUUCAAUGGAAUAUCCAGAAUGUGUAGCGGGGAGAAAUACAGUCCUGCUACUAAUACUUGGACACAGAUACCGGAUAUGUAUAAUCCACGUAGUAACUUCGCCAUUGAAGUCAUUGACGACAUGAUCUUUGCUAUUGGUGGCUUCAAUGGAGUAACGACUAUUUAUCAUGUCGAGUGUUACGAUGAAAAAACCAAUGAGUGGUAUGAGGCGACUGAUAUGAAUAUAUAUCGUUCUGCUUUGUCUGCUUGUGUGAUAAUGGGAUUGCCGAAUGUCUAUGAUUAUAUUCAUAAGCAUCGUGAGAGACUGAUGGAAGAGAAACGUCAGAAAUUAUUGGCCCUUGAGGUACAACGUGCUCAGCAGCAGCAGCAGCAGCAACAGCAGCAGCAACAGCAACAACAACAAAAUCAACAUCAGAUUAACGUCAAUAGUCAAAUCCUUCAGCAAUUGCCACAUGCGCAGAUACAUAAUGACAAUAACAAUAAUCAUGUUUAAUUUCUGAAAUCCGACCUGGUGCAAGUGCGGGUGAUUGUUAAAAUUGAGAAGAACGAUCUAUUUAUUGAUCUUUUGAUAGGAACAAUAUUUUCGAUGAUUUUAUGAACGUUUUAUAGCGAUAUUAAUGAGCGAUCGAUCGCUUGUCGAUCGUUGCCCGGGAAAAAUACUUAUAGAAUUUUUACAGUGAGAAGGACGAGUGAGAAUUUUGAGAUACGUAAUUAUCACCACUUUUCGUGGGAAAACAGUGAAAAAGUGUGGAAAAAAAAUUGUGGCGAAUGCAACUGAGAGAGGAAUAGGAAAUACGUAAUUGACGCAGAAAAGAGAAAUAAACUGAUAUCCAUAAUUUUUUACAAUGAAUAAUUCACGUGUACACAGCAGUAGAAAAAUCUUAGGCUGGAAAAUAUUACAUAAUAUAAGAAUAAUGGGACGUACGUAUUAGGGGUACCUAUAUGUAAUUUCGCUUCUUCAAAUUAUUGAAAUUUUUUAAAAGCGACGUUACUUAUCGAUGCCUGUAAUACAGAUAUUCACAUGUAAUACAGGAAUUGAAUGAAAUCCAUUGAGCCUCCAAUACUCUUUAAAAACCACAUUCACAGUACGAUUAUAAUAAUAAUU